CACUUUUCUCCGUCAGUGGCCUUCUUCUAGACUUCUUCUCUUCCCUCGGCAUCUCCACCUUCCCACCAUACAUACCAACCCCCUCACACCCACGACUGGAAACGCCAUGGCAGACGGCGCCGAUCAGUUGUCAACCCUCCUGUCCCAGACGCUGGCAUCGGACCCAGCAGUGCGGGCAGCAGCAGAACAACACCUCGUGGCCCUCUCCACUUCCUCGCCCUCACACGUACCCUCACUCUUGCAACUGAUAGCAGCCUCAGAGUCCCCUAGCAACAUCCGGCUCGCCUCGUCCAUUCAUUUGAAGAACAUCAUCAGGACACGGUGGGACAAUGAAGAGGCCCAAGAGGCUGAGCUGCCUCCCAUCGACGAGACUAGCAAGGCUACCUUGCGUCAAAACCUUCUACCCCUCCUCCUCUCCCUCUCGGCGCUCAACAGCCCCGCGCCCCUCCCACUGCGUCUUCAGCUCAAUACAGCCCUCUCUCUCGUAGCCUCUCACGACUUCCCCAGGACGUGGACUGGACUGUUAGAUGACAUUGUAGUCAAGCUCUCUGAGCCCAACCCAGACUUGGGAGUCGUGCAGGCAUGUCUGUCCACACUUCAUGAGGUCACAAAGGCAUGGAGGGGCCAAUUCAGAAGUGACAAGCUUUAUGAGGAGAUCAACUACGUCCUCGGAAAGUUUGCACCGGUGUGGUGGGAGAGCAUCAAGGCGACUAAUCAAGCACUGCUAUCACCGGCUACUCCAGCUACACAGAUGAAGCCGCUACUGAACAUUCUGCAUCUCGAGCUACUUCUCUUUUACGACCUCUCUUGUCAAGACCUCCCGCCGCUCUUUGAGGACAAUCUCGCCGAGGUCUCCUCUCUUCUGCUCCACUGGCUCUCAUACUCUCCCGACUCGUCUCGCCUGCCUCAAGACGAGGAUGAAGAGAAGCCGGACGAGUUGACCAACGUCAAGGCAGCCGUUUGCGAAGUCAGCGAGCUUUACGCACAAAGAUACCUCGACGCUUGGGAGCCUCAAGUUGCCGGGUUUGUUCAGGCGGUGUGGGAGAUGCUUGGCAAGCUCGAGGGAAAAGCAGGCGGAAAGUACGAUGCCCUUCUCUCAAGGGCUUUGAGCUUCCUGAGCGUCAUUGUACGCCAGCCCUCUCUGCGUCACCUUUUCGCACAAGGUGAAGGUGGAGGCAGCGUCAUGGAAUCACUCGUGCAGAGAGUCAUUCUUCCGAACGUUGGCAUGAAGGAAAGUGAGGAGGAAAUGUUCGAAGACGAGCCCUUGGCUUGGGUCAAACGCGAAGUCGAAGGCAGUACAGAGACAGAUACGCCUCGUCUUUCCUCUCUGGCUUUCCUGCGGUCACUUCUCGAGCACUUCACACAAGACAUCACCAGGAUCAUCUCGUCCUAUAUUCAGACAUAUCUCCAAGAGUACGCUGCCAAUCCUUCGCAAGAGUGGCGGAAGAAGGACGCCGCCAUCUGGCUGAUGACUGGAGUAGCUGCAAGAGGUGGGACUGGUCGACAUGGAGUUUCCGAGGCUUCGACAAAUAACCUGGUCAAUGUCGUCGAAUUCUUCUCGAACCACAUCUACUCUGAUCUGGAGGCAGCUGAGUCCAGCGGAACAGUGCAUCCGAUCUUGAAGGUCGACGCCAUUCGCUACCUGCACACUUUCCGCAACCAGCUCACCAAGGAGCAAUUGUUGAGUGUUCUCCCCUUGCUGGUGCAGCAUCUACAGAGCAGCAACGUCGGUAUCGCAACGUAUGCCUCCAUUGCAAUCGAGAGGAUGCUGAUCAUCAGGAGCGGAGAGGGAAACAAGGCCAUCUUCACACCGCAAGAUGUGCAGCCAUUUGCGGAACAGACGCUGUUGGCGCUCUUUGCCAAGAUCGAGGCUGGAGGUACACCCGAAAAGGUGGCAGAGAACGACUUCUUCAUCAAGUGUGUCAUGCGAGUCCUGACCACCGGCAGGGAACAGUUGGCUCCGGGCUAUCUCACCAUCCUACAACACCUCGGCCAGAUCUUGACGACGAUUGCAAAGAACCCUUCGAAUCCUCGCUUCUCGCAGUUCGCCUUCGAGUCCCUGGCCGCCCUCAUUCGCUUUACCACCAGCGCUGAGCCCUCAAGCUUCGACCAGUUUGAGCAGACGCUCUUCCCACCUUUUACCGAGAUCCUGCAAGGCGAUGUUGCCGAAUUCGUGCCAUAUGUCUUCCAGCUGCUGUCGCAACUCCUUGAGCUGCGACCGGCGGGUCAGCUGCCAGCUUCCUACCAAUCUCUACUGCCCUCGCUGCUAACGCCCACCCUGUGGCAGUCCCGCGGCAAUGUCCCGGCCUUGGUCAGACUUCUGCAAGCCUACCUGACAAAAGCUGCUUCGACGAUGGUUUCCAACAAUCAGAUCCCUGCUGUCCUGGGUAUCUACCAGCAGCUCAUCGCCAGUCGGAUCAAUGACGAGUUCGGCUUCGAGCUGAUGCAGACCGUCUUUGAGAAUGUCGACGAAGCGGCUCUCCAACCCUACCGCCAGGCGAUUAUGACUCUCAUGCUCACUCGUCUUCAGACUUCGCGCACAGAAAAGUUCACAAAGGGCUUCGUCGCAUUCGUCGCCUCUCUAGCCACGAUCCAAAAGGCAGGCGAUGCCUAUCCUGGCGCAGUAGUAGACGCAUUCGAAAGUGUUCAACCAGGUCUCUUCACUCAGAUCAUGCAGGGCGUCAUCCUCCCCGAGCUCAGCAAGACGCCCGCUCGCAGGCGUCCACUGAUCAUCGUCGGCUUUGGCCGCCUGCUGACAGAGAGCGGUCCCCGCCUCCUCGAAGGAGCCAAUGCAGCCGCCGUCUUCCCCGGUACACUCGCCGCACUGGUCAAUCUCUCUACGGAUACGUCCAUUGCACACAAGUCCAUCGAGGCGCAACAGGCAGAGGAAGACGAACUCUUCCUGGAAGACUGGGAAGAACAAAACACCUUCCAGGCUGGUUUCUCUAAAUUGGCCGCUUCUGCUUCUGCGCCUGGAUCUGGCUCCUCGUCAGGAAGAGGAGAUCCAGUCAAGACCAUUGCGGGUGCUCAACCUUUACCUGAUUGGCUAGCCUCACGUGUAGCAGAUUGUUCGCAGCGCUUUCCAGGCAAAGUAGGUCCGUUGCUUGCUGCACUUGAACCUGCGGCGGGACAGAAGUUACAGCAGAUGAUGGCUCUGAAGGGAUUGCAGGUUGCUUAGGUGAGAAAGUGAGAGAUGAUUGUGGGUGGAAGGGUGUAGAGUAGAAGGGAAGAGGGAGAAGGGAAUGAAGGAGGGAGAGAGGAGAGACGUAUGCCAGGGGAGGCUAUCAGGCUUCCUAAAC